AUUUAAAAAAGAGCAAAAGAUUCUCUCUCUUCUUUCUCUCUCUCUAAAAAGUCCAGCACUUGACCUCCUCCAACUACAAACGCAUUACACUAGUUCACAUUACCGAAUUUUCUUCUCUUUAAACCCCAAGAAUUCCACCAUUUUUCAGCCCCAAGAAAUCCGGGGUUCAGUUUCUUGUCUGCCAGUCUCUCUCUCUCCCUGAUCCUUCAAAUUUUAUCAUCUGGGCUUUUUCUUGAAUUCCUGAAAACCGCGUUUUCUUGGAAUUUUUCAUCGAUGAUGGCGGAGAACACAAAGGAGGAGUGGGUACUGAGUCAACUCAGUGAGUAUGUGAGGGCCAUCUCCGCGUUGCCCGAUUGUAGAACGGUUUCCAAGAAGAUGUACUGUAAUCUGGUGAGAAGGGUGAAGCUCUUGAGCCCUCUGUUUGAGGAGAUGAAGGACGGACGGGCAGAGGAGGAGCUCGGAGAUGACGUCGUUAGGGGGCUUGAUUCCCUCAGAAUCGCUCUCGACUCCGCUCUUCAGCUGCUGAAAUCGGUCCAUGAAGGCAGUAAAAUUUUCCAGGCUCUGCAAAUCGACAAAAUUGCUGGCAAAUUUGAACGUGUAACUCAACAGAUCGAAGCAGCUUUAAGCCAGAUUCCCUAUAAUGAACUUGAUAUACCUGAGGAAGUUCGAGAACAGAUUGAACUCCUACAUGCACAAUUUAAAAGAGCGACAGGUCGAAUGGAGUUGCCGGAUUUGCAACUGGCAAUGGACUUGGCUGCCGCACAAAUGGAAGAUGACCCCGACCCUACAGUUUUCAAAAGGCUUUCAGAGAAGCUGCAUCUCAGGACAAUAAAUGAUAUAAAGAAAGAGUCCCUUGCCAUUCACGAUAUGGUCAUUUCAUGUGGUGGGGUUCCUGAAGGAGUUUCAGAGGAGUAUUUUGAGACUAUGUCGUAUCUUCUGAGGAAGCUAAAGGACUGCGUGAUGAUGGAUAAUCCGGAUGUUGAUGCCACUGAAGUCGACAAGAAUUCGAUUAAGCACAGAUCUCCGAUCAUUCCAGAUGAUUUCCGUUGUCCAAUAUCACUGGAGUUGAUGAAAGAUCCUGUUAUUGUGUCUACUGGGCAGACGUAUGAACGGUCGUGCAUCCAGAAGUGGCUUGACGCAGGGCACAAGACCUGCCCCAAGACUCAGCAGACCCUAUUGCACACUGCCUUAACCCCGAAUUAUGUUUUGAAAAGUCUUAUAGCUUUGUGGUGCGAUAGUAACGGUGUAGAGCUGCCUAAGAAACAAGGGAAUUGCAGGAACAAAAGAUCGGGAAUCAGUGGUUCAGACUGUGAUCGUGCUGCUAUUGAUGCCUUGCUGCAAAAACUUGCAAAUGGCAAUCCUGAACAACAAAGAGCAGCUGCUGGUGAGCUUCGUUUGCUAGCUAAAAGAAAUGCUGAUAACAGAGUAUGUAUUGCUGAAGCGGGAGCCAUUCCUCUGUUAGUCGAGCUGCUAUCCUCCCCUGAUUUGAGGACUCAAGAGCAUGCUGUUACAGCACUUCUCAACCUCUCCAUAAACGAGGCCAACAAGGGAACUAUUGUAAAUGCUGGUGCAAUACCCGACAUUGUAGACGUGUUGAAAAAUGGGAGCACAGAAGCUAGAGAAAAUGCAGCUGCUACCCUUUUUAGCUUGUCAGUGGUCGAUGAGAACAAAGUGGCAAUAGGAGCCGCCGGGGCCAUACCUCCUCUGAUUGAUCUGCUCUGCCAGGGCACCCCAAGAGGAAAGAAAGAUGCGGCUACAGCUAUAUUUAACCUUUCAAUCUACCAAGGGAACAAGGUGAGGGCCGUAAGAGCAGGAAUCGUACCACCACUUAUGAGGUUGCUCAAGGAUCCUGGAGGGGGAAUGGUGGAUGAAGCAUUAGCGAUAUUAGCCAUACUUGCUAGCCAUCAAGAAGGGAAAGUAGCUAUUGGACAGGCGGAGCCAAUCCCAACUCUGGUCGAGGUUAUAAGGACGGGGUCACCUCGGAAUCGGGAAAAUGCUGCUGCAAUACUAUGGUCAUUAUGCACAGGUAGUGCACAAUACAUAAAAAUUGCUAGGGAUCUUGGGGCUGAAGAGGCAUUGAAGGAAUUAUCUGAGAACGGCACCGACAGGGCCAAAAGAAAAGCUGGGAGCGUCUUGGAGCUUCUCCAACGAGUCGAAGAGGAGGUUAUUUAAUGAAGUCCUUCUGUUAAACUCACGGAAAUUCAGCAUUCAUCCAAUUGAUUUUUGCCAGUUAAGCGUGAUUUCGGCAAUGUUGGGCAGUCUCUUGCACGCGGAAGACAUCCAUUGAUGCAGCAAGGUUCGUUGUAUAAAGCUAUAGAUACAUAUUUGCUAUUUUUUCCUAAUAUUUUGGCACUGUGCUUGGGGUUAGGUGGAGAUUGUGGAUAGGGGAAUACUAUGUGUAAUUUUUGUGGGGAAUUAGGAGGCUUUCCUUUUUCUUUGUAUUGUACUAUGUUGUGUUUAUGUUAUUGUAGUUGUUGAUAUAUAUAUAUAUAUAUAUAUAUAUAUAGGUCUCCUUCAUGGGUUAAACCGAAAACUCGGGAGGAUGUUGUAUGUUUCUCUGGAAAAGACUGAGUUUAUUCGGAAAUUUAAAUUAAUUAUGUAGCAAGUA